AUGAUAGCUUAAAAGAUUGAGAGACAUUUCUUACAAAGAGUCUAAGCAUAAUAACAAUCAAAAAAUAAUAUGAAAUUUAUUGAAUAAGUAUCAUCCCAACUGAUUUUAAUAUAGUCCGAUUCAUUUUUUUAAGUCGAUUAAGAAGCUUCUAAGUUAUGUUAAAACAAUGUAGGAUCAAAGAGAAAUGUAUCAAAUAAGUAAAUUAAAGAAAUUUAGAGUUAAACUUAACAAUUAGAAGAGACUUCCAAAAAAGGAAAUGUUUUGUAGAAUGAUUCAUAAGUAACCCAUUACUGUUAACCUAUUUAGACUAUUACACCUUUAGCUGUUCCAGAAGUAUAAGAUCUUGAAUAAAUUCCUAAUCUUGAUGAUAAUCUAUUCCCAGUUUAAAAUUCUAAAAAGUAUUGUCUUUCAAAUUAUUUCCUUAGUAAAUAGAAUCUUAUUAAAAGAAAAGCCAUUCGCAAAAGAUUUAAAACUCAAUAAAAAUCAGCAGUUAUUAUAGACAGUAAUAAUUCUCUUCCAACAUCAUUGGAUUUAAAAUUAGAAGGGGAAGCAUUAGAAAAGAAUAGUACAGAUAAUUAGUCUUUUUUAAAUAAUCAAAAACCAACUCAUGAAUCUAAAGAACAAUCCAUAGAAGGAGAAUUAAUUAAAUAAAUUCAAAAAGAAGAUUUUAAUUAACCAAAAAAUAGAAUAAAUUACUAUACUGAUAAAUUAAUUAACUUGAUAAAAGGAGAUUUAGAUGAUACAUUUAUGGCAUAAAUGUAUAUUAAUCAUUUUAUUCAAACUUAUGGUAUUCUCUAAAAAUUAAAGGUUUUAAAAUAACCAUAAAGUUAUGAAAUUUUAAAUAAAAUAAAACCUUAAAUUAGUAUUAAUAUAUAUUAAUUUUUAGUUAAAUAAAAAACAUUGGUAAUUGAUCUAGAUGAAACAUUAGUACAUUAUAAUGAAUCUACUUUAAUGCCUAAAGAUCUUGUAAUAAAUAUUAAUUUAAACAAUGGAUUAACAAUUAAUGUAAUAAGUUGUACUAAAUUAGGCUGAAAUUAGUGUUCGACCUUACGCUUAGUAAUUUUUAUAAAAUUUGGCUCAACAUUUUGAGAUCAUGAUAUACACAGCCUCAAAUGAAGAUUAUGCAAAUUAAAUAAUUGACUAUUUAGAUCCAACAUAAUAAUUGGUGAAAUAUCGUUUCUAUCGAAAUGAUUGUAUAAAUCUAUACAAAGGAUGUCAUAUAAAAGACUUAAGAACUUUAGAUAGAAAUUUAAAGGAUAUAAUAUUAAUAGAUAAUUCAGCUUAUUCUUUUGCAUACUAACUAAAUAAUGGAAUACCUAUUAUUCCAUAUAUUGAUAAUAAAAAAGAUGAUGUAUAAUUUUAUAUUAAAUAAAUAUUAGGAAUUGAUAGUAUUAGAAAAGUAUUUAAUGGAAUUAUUAGAAAUUGAUGAUAUAAGAAUAGAAAAUGAAAAGAAUUUCCACUUAUAACAGAUAUAAAAUAGUAACUCAAUAUAGCAAGCUGUUAAUUACUUGAUACAUAAUAAAAAAUGA